AACAGACGCGAUCACGAAUCAUUGCGAUUUACUCUUGUCUGGGACAGUCAGUGAUACGGGUUUCGGUCUCGAAUUGAAUUUGGGCUUAUUGAACUCCAAGGUAUGUUGCCAAGGUUCGCAAGAAUCGCCAUCGCGUGCCAUCUGCGCAUGAGGAGGUUUUCAUUUUUCAUUUUCCUUCUUCUGUUUUUCGCUUUUUUUUCUUCUAUGCAUAUCACGAUCAUACCGGUGUAUGUCGGUCUGUUUCUUUUUGUGAGAUCCAGACUCUGGCGUUCAAUGGACGGCUGUGUUUGCGCAUACUCAACACUGCAAGUGUUCCGCUCUCAGUGUGUAUGGGGUUUGUCCUCCAACCGUUCACUGUACAGCUUUGUCUGGACAGCACAGCAAAAGAUGUACCCGAGCCUCCGAUUUGAUUCUUUUCAUGAGACGGGAGCUGAGAGUGAAGCUUGCAUUCGGGCCUAUUCGGUCGGUCAUAACUUAUGAUGUGGGGACAUCUCAAAAGUGGUUGCCCGAUUCAAUGGGUUCCGGAUUCGCCACCGGCAGCUGCUCCCCAGCUUACAUGAGCUUCACCUAUAGUCUUCCUCUCUUGACUUCCCAUUCAUGUCGCCCACAUUUCAUCGAAAGACCUUCUUUCCCUCAGUCUUUGUUCACCUAAUUCAUCACUCCUUCUACGAUGGAUUUUGCCAUGGAUGGGUUAUUCAUAGCCUGUCGUCGAAACAGACUUCACUAAUGGUUAUGCGACAGAACAGGAGGU